GGACUCCAGUAAUCCAGUGUACUCCAAAACUCAUCACUGUCACUCCAGGACUCAUCAUUCACUGUCGCUCGAGGCAUCUUCUGCCCUUGAAGGGAGCAAUACAGAUGUGUUUUAUUUCACUAGGUCGCUCUAAUGAACUUUUGACUUGUGUCAUAAUUAUUGCUCUCACGGUGCAAUGAAGGCCGGCUCCAGCUGAUUGUUGAAUUCGGAGUUACCCAGUGAGUCAGUCGGUCUCCAGAGUGUAGUCAUGCAGGUCCCGGGCCCCGUGCUGCUGAUAGUCUUCACUUCUACAGUGGCCGCCGCUUGGUACAGCCGGCCCCGGCACUACUUCGUCCCACCGAUCGAGGAUGUAGUGAGGCGGCUCGGGUAUGACGUAGAACGUCAUGAAAUAACCACAUCUGACGGAUACAUCCUCACCUACCAUAGACUACCCAGGGGCCGUGGCUCCAGUAAGAAGAAGAAGUCGCCUAGUAACCGCAAAGUGCUUCUCUUCAACAACGGCAUACUUCUGUCCUCCGCUUCGGUUCUUACUAGUAGAAGAGACUUCGCGUACGAGUUUGCAGAUGCAGGAUUCGACGUCUGGGUUGGUAACUACCGUGGCAACAUGUAUUCUAGAAAACACAAAUACCUCGACCCGGACCGUGAUCUCAAAUUCUGGGACUACAGUCUUCACGAGCUAGGCACGCAGGAUUUGACUGCCAGCAUAGACUACAUCCUGGGAGUGACGGGGGCGUCUCGACUGGUCUAUGUGGGCAUCUCCAUGGGAACCACCAUGUUCUGGGUGCUCGGGGCCGCGCGGCCGCAGUAUAUGAACAAGAUAGAAGCGAUGGUGGCCUUGGCCCCUGUUGCAAGGACCACGCACGCUACUUUUCUCAACAGUCCCGCCCGCUGCAAUAAUGCACGUGUAGUUGUCACAGCCUUGGAGAGACUAGGCUACAGAGAGGUCCUGCGGUACAACGAGACCGCGGCCUCCAUGUUGUACAACGGCUGUACAAGCUCCUGGGUAUGGCGACCCAUCUGUCUGCUCUUCAUCAACACCUUCGAGUACUUCACACGCAACAACUGGGACAAUGUAAGACUGUUGGAGAGCCUAAAGUACUCCCCAGCAGGGAUAGCGACCAAAGUUCUACACCACUACAUCCAGAUUGCAAAAGCACGUACAUUCCAGCAGUUCGACUACGGGUUGGAGGAGAAUCGUCGACGAUACCACACGAGUGGUCUACCCCCGGAGUACGACCUGAGUAACGUAAACUGCAGCAAGAUAUACUUCGUCACCAGUGACUCCGACUUGAUCGCCAACAAGCAGGUUGCCGGUCAGACCGACGUGGAUCUUGGGCCAACACAUUCAGCACUUCAGUCACCUGGGGAUCGGCAUAGACAAGCAAGCAAUGGACUUAGUCAUCACACCUCUAGCGAACUUCCUCAGACAGAACUUCCUGACGUAGAUAAUCAUUGCAUUGAGAUCAUGAGACUGAAAGCUACUGCUACCUGCCGUCUGGUCGUGGUGCCAGAAACCAUACUGGAGGAUGGGGACACGAACGUCUAGUACAAAUAGUUCAUACCACAAGCUCAAACGGGGAGAGCAAUGUUCAGCGUUCGUUGACAAAAAUACAACGAUUUUUAU